AUGAAACAAAAAAUUAAGCCCCUUUUAUUUAAAAAGUUUUCUACAUUUAUUCUUUUAAGUUGGAUAUAUCAUAUUCAUAUUUAUAUGACUACGCAUAACAGAUCUUUGGUUGAAUGUUACAAUGCUUGUAAAAAAUUUUAUGCAAGAAAUUAUCGUUUACUCACAAAAUAUAAACAAGAUAAAGUUGCACAUAUUGCAGAUUUAAAAGAAAAGAUAAUAAAUAAUGGAGAAUUCGGAAAAAAUGUUAUAUCGAAUAACGAAAAAGGAGAAAAAGAAAGAAAGAAUCCCUCAUGUGGAAAUUUAUCAAUGAAUAAAAACAUAUAUAACCAUAAUAAGAAAAAUAAAUCUUAUAUAUUUGAAACAAAAAACUAUUCACGAUUAGAAAAAAAAAUAUUCAAAGAAAUUGAUUACGUAGAUUUUCUUAAAAACAACAACACAAUUAAUAAUAAGCUUUACAAAAAAAUAAUACGUAAAAAAUACGGAUUACGUAUAGUAUUACCUUUAUUGUUAUUCUUUCUUUUAUUAACAGUAUUCAUAAUAGAAUUAUCAUUUGGUUUGUUAGGAAAAAGUUGUUUAUUGUAUUAUUUUGGUUUAGAGAAGUCGCAUUUAGAGAAUUUAGCCAAGAAAGAACCUCUUUCUACCAUUUUAAAUUUUUUGAAAACAUACAAAAAGUUUUGGGAACACGGCAUACUGGGAGAAUCAGGGGUUGUAUGCGGAUUGUGCGGAGCACGAAAUACAAUAUCUGAAACAUGCAUAUUAGGACAAUUAAUUCGUAUUUUAUUAUAUUUUGUACCUUUUAUUAUACUAUGUAUUACAUUUAUAUCAUGGAUCUUUUAUUACCAUAAAAAAGUUAAAAAAUAUGGAAAAAUUAAGUUCAGUAAAAAAUAA